ACGUGAGUGACUAACCAGGGGCUAUUCAGGAAGGCAACAAACACUGCAAUCUUUUAUCAGGCAAUUCCUGCUGCGAGUAUGCGAGAAGAGUAGUGCGUAGCUGUACGGGUGUCGAGCAAUCAACACGGACUGUCAAAAUUUUGAACGAGCACAACAGUCGUCUACGGGGGUGAAAAUGGCCCUCUCCGUUGUGAAGGAGUCGAUAGACAGCGUCAGGUCGGGUGUCAACAGCUAUUUCGCUGGAAAAGAUGCGUUUUACGUCUGUGUGGCGACCACUGGAGUGUCUGUCACCGCGGUUUAUCUAGUGCAGGCCAUCAGAAACCGAGAAAAUAUUCAAGACCGUAUGAAGGUUAAGUUCUUCAAGCUCUUGAGAAAGAUUCCAGCAAUCGGCAAUAAAAUAGAAGACGAGCUUGCAAAAAUCCGAGAAAGCUUCUACAGAGAUGUCGACAAGCGGACAAAAGGAGUGGGUUACGUAAUCAGACUCCCUGAGAAGGGGCUGGGAGAUGAAGUCAUUACAAAGGAAGUUGCCACCUACCUCGAAUUAGGCGAAUAUGAUUGGGAGUCGGGCUUUGUGUCAGGCGCUGUCUAUUUCCAUGACAAGAGUCUGUGUGAUCUCGUCGCCAGGGUGUACGGACUUGCCUCUUACACAAAUCCGCUGCACCCUGAAGUGUUCCCUGGAGUCUGCAAGAUGGAAGGAGAGGUUGUCAGGAUGGUCUGCAACCUUUUCCACGGAGGCAAAGACUCAUGUGGUUCUAUGACAUCUGGAGGAACUGAAUCAAUCCUGAUGGCCAUGAAGGCCUACAGGGACUUUGCCCUGGACAUGAAGAACAUCUCUGAACCAGAGGCUGUUCUGCCUAUGACUGCCCACCCAGCUUUUAACAAGGCAUCCCAGUACUUUGGGAUCAGACUGCGAUUCGUUCCUGUUGACCCAAAAACAAUGAUUGUCGAUCCCAAAAAGAUGGCCAAAUAUAUUACGAGCAACACUAUUGUGCUGAUCGCUUCUGCUCCGAACUACCCAUAUGGAACGAUUGACCCGAUUCCGCAGAUUGCUGCGCUCGGUAUCAAAAAGAACAUUCCUGUCCACGUAGAUGCCUGUCUGGGCGGAUUCGUCGCUGCUUUCAUGGCGAAAGCUGGCUACCCCCUUGACCAUGGGUUCGAUUUUGCUGUACCAGGAGUCACGAGCAUCUCUGCGGACACCCACAAGUACGGAUUCACACCAAAAGGAUCGUCUGUGAUAUUGUAUAGUCAUUCAAAGUACCUGCACGCCCAGUUCAGCACUGCCCCUGACUGGCCUGGAGGUGUCUACGGCUCUCCAACUGUCAGUGGCUCUCGCCCUGGAGGCAACAUUGCAGCCUGUUGGGCUACGAUGCUGCGUUUUGGCAUGGAAGGAUACGUGGAAGCGACGAAAAAAAUCAUCGAGGUUGCCAGGCGCAUCGAAAAUGAGGUGAAUGCUCUAGACGGAGUGUUUGUGUUUGGAAAACCCGCCACGUCAGUUGUGGCCAUUGGUUCCGACAAAUUCCACGUUUAUCAUUUGCUGGAAGGUCUGACCAAGAAAGGUUGGAACCUCAACCCCCUCCAAAGUCCGCCAGCCGUUCACAUCGCUGUGACUCACAUGCUGACCCGUCCCGGCGUGGCUGAUCGCUUCAUCGACGACGUAAAGACAAUCGUGCAGGACCUUGUCAAAAAUCCACCCACCGACCUUGGAGAAAAGUUGGCGCUGUAUGGCACUGCGGCCAGCAUUCCUGACCGUUCAAUCGUGAGAGAAUUCACCAGACUCUUCCUGGAGUCGAUGCUAUACACGGACAGCAGCAGGCCACACCGCUUUUUGACCAACGAGCUGCAAAAUGCAAAUGGUAAGAUCAACGACUUAGACUCUGAAUCAGAUGUGAUUCUCAAGCCAGACUGGAAAAAAUAAUUUUCCCCAACCAUUCCUCUGGGAUUCUUGUGUCAUUUUACAACUUCAAUAUGUUGUGAUCUAUUUUAUCUAUUAUUUUCCUAUUAAAAAUUUGAAUUAAAAAGAAA